ACUUUUCUUUCUCAUGAGUUUAUUACUCAUCAUCUCCUAAUUAUUAAUUAUUUAACAAAUCACCAAUAAUGGCUAAUUUCGUCUUAGCCCUUGUUGUUAUGACCACAUCGAUCCCCAUCCUCCUCGUUCUCCCCACCGCGGCCUCCGGCGACCCAACCUUAAAUGCCACCCACGCCGCUCGAAACACCAGGUUGGUGAUGAACCCGAUCGACUCGUGCUGGCGCGCCAAGCCAAACUGGGCGUCCAACCGCCGCGCGCUGGCAGAGUGCGCGGUCGGCUUCGGGAAAUACGCCGAGGGCGGAAAGAACGGGCCCACGUACGUCGUCCGGCACGCGUCGGACAACCCGAGGAACCCGAAACCGGGCACGCUCCGGUACGGCGUCAUCCAGCAGAAGCCGCUCUGGAUAACGUUUGCCAAGGACAUGGUGAUCAAGCUCAAGAACGACCUCAUCAUCAACAGCUACAAGACGAUAGACGGGAGAGGGGCAAAAGUGGAAAUCUCCAACGGGCCAUGCAUCACAAUCCAAGGGGUGACGAAUGUGAUCGUGCAUGGCAUAACGGUUCGAGACUGUAAGCCGGGAAAAUCGGGGCAGGAAGUUAGGGACAGCCCGACACACGCCGGGCGGCGCGGCGGCUCGGACGGGGACGCGGUUACGAUAUACGGCUCGUCGAACGUGUGGAUAGACCAUUGUUACUUUGCACGCGCCGCCGACGGGCUCAUCGACGUGAUACAUGGUUCCACCGACAUCACCAUUUCGAACAACUAUUUUACUCAUCACGACAAAGUGAUGCUGUUUGGGAACAAUGAUAACAACAUAGAAGACAAAUCUAUGAGAAUUACAGUGGCCUUUAAUCAUUUUGGCCCUGGUCUUAUUGAGAGAAUGCCAAGGGUGAGGUUGGGGUACGCCCACGUGGCAAACAAUAGAUACAGUGGGUGGCUGAUGUAUGCAAUUGGUGGAAGUGCAAACCCUAUAAUUUUUAGUGAGGGCAACUACUUCAUGGCUCCCAAUAAAUCUGAUUCUAAGCAAGUGACGAAGAGAGAGGUAAAGAAAGGGUGGGGGCAUUGGAAAUGGAGGUCUUCAAAGGAUAAAUUUCUAAACGGGGCAUAUUUUGUGCCGUCCGGAUACGGGAGCUGUGCGCCGUACUACACCAGAUCUCAGUCGUUUCCGGUGGCCGAUGGGUCUAUGGUUCCCGCUCUCACGGCGGAUGCCGGCCCACUCAUCUGCUCCUCCUCCGCCACAUGUUAGAUAAAUCUUGUACUCCACCAGCAUUUUGGUGAGAAUGGUGACUCUUCACUUCGAAGCCUAGUGAAAACGCUUGAUGGGGCGAAGUUCAGCGGUUGACAUCGGGAGUACUACAAGGGAGAGAUCCCGAAUUCUAUGUCUGGUGGCUGCGAUGAGAGCCAACAAUGCAAAGCAUAAGAGUUCUGCAAGUAUCAAGCACGACACGGAAUCUCAUCCUUACACCAAUUAACUGAAAUUGUAGCUCAAUUUACCUCCCCUCAGCUAACUGUCCGAUCGGUGUUGGAGGACCCUCAAGAUUGGAGACAUUGGGGUGUCAUCCUUGAAAAAAAAUCAUUUGUUCUCAGCUAGCUUCUUCUCCCCAUUAGUCAGUAACCCAGCAACACGGUCUCUUUUUAAAUGAAAUGAAAGCUUGGGGAGCAUAGAAUUAAACUUCGACAUUCGAAGGUAAAUGAAUUGCCUGAACUAAU